AUCGGUGCAUCGGUUCGUUUAUUCGAUGCUGAGAGAAAUGAAGCCGAUUUUGAAAAGUUAACUUGAGCAGACAGAGAACAACAGCGCCCACACACCCACCUAAACGGCUGCCACGCAGUUGCCGUUGCAAGCAGCCGCAAUUUCUAAGGUACGUGGCCCAACAACUGUCGCGAAGCGUGACCGUGCAAUAUGGAUUAUCAGUACUACGACGACGAGGCGGACUACGCAGACGAGGAGGACGGCCUCGGGGCCGGCGGCGGUGGCCAUGCGAAUGCCUACAUCGAUCACGAGCAGCUGGGGAGCCAUGAGUACAGCGAUGACAACUACGGCAGCGCCAUGGAUCGCCUGCUGGACAGCUAUGAGCACUGCAUCCUGCCCUCGCUCACCCAGGUGGCGGGCUACAUAGUGCCGCUGCUGCUGGGCUGCCUGCUGUGCCGGCUGCUGAGCGCCGUCUAUGCGCGACGGGCACGGCUUGUGGCCAGCGCCAGCUGCAGCUGGCAGGAGGCGAACAGCAUGAAGCUGGCGCCGCUGCAUCUCAUCAAUGCGCUCUGCGGCGCCGGCAUCCUCUAUGCGACGCUGGGCCAGCGCAUGCUAAUCCUGCAGCUGCUCACCGGCAUUAGCUAUGCGCUGCUCCAGCUGGUGCGCCUGGGCAAGGGACGACGCCCCGCCGUGGCCCUAGCCGUGCUCAGCAUCGGCAGCCAGUUCAUCUACGAGCUGGCCAUCUGGCAGAAGCCCGACGACUGGCCCCAGCUGCGCGGCCUCCAGAUGGUGACCAACAUGAAGGUGAUCUCGCUGGCCUUUGACCUAACAGCUACGGGCGCUGCCGGCCUCCACAUGCCCAGCAUUGUCGCCUACUUCGGCUACAUCCUACAUCCGGCCACCUGUGCGCUGGGCCCCUGGCUGAGCUAUGCCCGCUACUUGGAGGCGCUGCACAACAAAUCCCAGCUGCGCCGCAAUCUCUGCCAGAUGCUGCUCAAUGUGCUCCUCAGCCUGGUGGCGCUGCUCGUCAGCAACUGCAUUGCGCCCACGCUGAGCGAGCUGAACGCUCCGGCCGAGCCGCUGGAGGCCUACCAGGGUGGCUGGAGCCACUGGCUGCUCAUGUACACCGGCGCCCUGAGCGUGCGCACCAGCCACUACUUUGUCAGCCUGCUCAGCCAGGCGCAGCUGGCCGCCGUCGGGCAGCGAUUGGAUGUGGGCGCCGGGACCCAGGGGCUGCUCGGCGAUCUCGUCGUGCGUCCGUGGCGCAUCGAGUGGCCGCAUUCGCUGAGCGCCCUGGUCCGCUGCUGGAACAUACCCAUGCACGAGUGGCUCAAGCGCUACGUCUACGCCACGUCCAAGCAGGAGCGGGUCCAGACUGAGGGCCACUCCCAAACCCAGACCCAGACCCCGACCCAGGCCCACUCGCGCAACAGCACUAUGGUGGCCGUGUUCUGCACGUAUAUCGUGUCGUCGCUGCUGCACGGCAUGGACUUCCGCAUCUACCUGGUGCUGCUCUCGCUGGCCACUUUCGCCGAGGGCGAGACGAUGCUGCGCCGCCAUCUGGCCACGCUCUUCGGUGCCUGUGUCACGGCCAAUCCCUGCCCGGGCGCUGAGCGCUGUCGCUACGCCCAUUGCCCGCGGCGCCGGGGCUGGCGCAGCUGCAGCUCCUGGCUGGUGAGGCUCACCAAUCUGGGCUUCAGCCUGCUCGCCAUUGCCCAUCUGGCCUACCUGGGCGUCGUCCUGCUCAACGAAACGCUGCUCGGCGACUCUGAGCACGAGCUGCCCUUCAUGUACCACUGGUCGGCGGCCGGUUACCUCAGUCACUACGUCGGCAUCGGCAUGUUCGUGCUCUACAUGUUCCUGUCCUAAGGCCUGCGGUGCUCCACUCACGCUGGAGCCCACAGAGAGACGGCUCCUCGCUCCCGAUGCUCUAUUCAUUUCCAAUUGGGCAACUGCAGCGGCUUCAUGUGAUUACUGCCACAGCAUAUACGAUAUACUUACACACACACACACACACACACACACAUGCAUUAUAU